AACAAAAUGUUAUUAACUGACCCGAAGAUAAUAAAUCUGAUUGUUUGCUCUCUAGUUGGCCCAGAUGUUCCUGCCAAUACUUAUUCUGUAGCUCAAUCUGAAUGGGCUGAUUCCAAGGAGGAAUACACUUUGUAUGUCUCAAAAAAUACAAAUGAUAGGUUUAUCCCAAUACUUAUUGCUAUUCAAGACGAAAUCGAUCAAAUGGCAAUGUUAAACAUUAUUGAAUACUGUAAGUUGGUCUACGAGAAGGUUAAGCUUUUGCCAACAGUUUUGAUUAUCUCUAUCAAAGACAGUUCUGAUUUGAUGGGUGAGGAGUUUAGUGUUGAUGGUGAUUCAUUUUUAAUGCAAUGCGAAUCCAAAUUUUGGGCACACAAGUGCUUUUUGUUUCUCCCUGAUGAUCCAGUCAAUCUAGAUAGAGUUGAUACACACACAACUGCAUUUUUGACAUUGUGUCAUUUUAUUUCCAGUCGCAACAAAUUCUUCAGUUUAACGCUCAAUUUAGAUACUCAAUCGAUAUGCUUAGCUUGUGAAGCUAUAACAAACAAAGAAAAAUAAACAUACUUUACGGCU